UCCUAGGCACACAAAUUGCUGCUUCAGUAGAAAUAUCAAACUACCACGUACUAGAGGAUUGUAUAAGUGUAUAAUAAGACUCGUGAGAUCACAAACUCAAGGGCCAUCUUAACGAGGCAUGCGAUUAACAUAGCUCUUCUAUCAUGGUUCACAACAUCAUCACAAAGUCUGUUGGAAUCUUUUUGAUCGUCGCAGCUCACAUGGUUUUUAUUGACUGCAGCAGAACAAAUGUCAUCGGGAUCCUCGGGUCAAACAUCACUCUUCAGUUCACAUUUAACAUCAGCAUCACAAACAAUAGUCAUUUUGCUAUUUAUAGAAAUGUACCACCAGACAGUCAGAAGAAGAUUGCAGAGUACACAUGGACAAUCUAAGUCAGGGGUCCAUUUUAAUACUUAUCCUCAAAAUAAUUAUGUAUUUUGCCACAUAAAGAAUCUCAGUCUAAGUCACGGUGGGCCUUAUUGGGCCAGUUUCUUUAUGGAUUCAAAAGGGUUUCCUACAGAAAGUGAGAAGGUGCUGCUGAUCGUGCUAGAGGAGAGCAACAACAGCACAGUUCCUACAGGUCCUACAGUGCAGGAUGACAGCCUGAAGAUAGAUGGGGGAAAUUCCAACAUCAUGACUUCUGUCCUCGUGGUUUCACCUGUGGUGCUGCUGGCUGCAGUCCUUACCGGGCUUAUCUGGUGUCUCGUGAGAACCAAAGACAAACAAGAAGCAUCAACUCAUCAAAACUUCAAUCCCACAAUACAAGAAACAGUUGAUGCGUCCAUCCCCGUUCCUCCAUCCUCACUGGUCUACAGCGUCCUGGACUUUCCCAAGAGAACUUCAACAGUUCUAGAGAUUAAUUCAAGUGAUACAGAGUAUGCUGCUGUCAGUUAUUUCACGGAAAAGAGACCGGUGUGACGACACUUAUUGUAAUCCAGACUGUCUCUCUUGGUUUGAGUAAAGGUGGGCAAGAGUACAAAGAAAAUUUCAUCUUUUGUUUUGCUUUUCUGCUCCUUGAAAAAUGUUCUGAGCUCGGACAAGGUCAUACCCUGGUCUGUGUCUUUCUAAUUUUUAUUUUUAUUUUUUUAAAUCUUAUAUAAAUAUCCCAAAAAGACCACAAUCAUCUGGUUUCCAUUACGAUCAACAUUGAAACUGUUAUUUUUUUUCUUCCAGUCCCACAUUUACCGUCCUGCUGCUUUACAUUUAUUCAGAAUUACCCCCAAUGUUUAUUUAUACUCCUGAAAAAAUAUUGUCCUAAAAGUGCACUUUUUAUUCAUGCUGAAGUUGCCGGUAUUAAAGUGCCUAACUGUUCAAGCAAAGUACUGACUCAUUUUGAUAAAGUCUACAUGUAUGUUUUCUAAAGAUUGGACUACACUAUUUAGCUGCUUAAUUGAUGGACAUUUAAAUAUUAAAGGAUGAAAGACCAAACUGUUGGUUUUGGUCGUUAAAUUGUAAAAACCCUAAAAUACCCUUCACUGACAUAUUAUCUACAUUGUUGUGGGUGGAGAGCGAUGACAAAUACAAGACAUUUCGAAGAUUUCCAGAAUAAGAUAAAGUUAAUUUUUUCCAUUCAACCUGUCCUCUCAAAAUUAAAUUCCAAUCCUCAUUUCCAUCUUUGACUAUUUUUACAUUUCAGUUUGAAGGUGUGAGUUCUUUAGAAACUCUCAUUUUCAUCCACUCUGUCAGUGUUUUCCUUGUGGGGUUCAUUGCAGGUGCCCGUUUCUAAAAGACGGUUCAACAAACCCUCAGUCUAACCCUGAGCUCUGAGUUUAUUUACUCUCUGCUGGGAAACUGAGUUUUCGGUUCCAGAUCAGCAGAUUUCAAUUUGUUAAAUCAACUCUGAGUAGGUCCACUGAGAUAAAAAGCCAACAUGAAUUGAGCCCCAAUUUUACGAUUCACCAUGGCAACAGGUGACAAAAAAGAGAUCCUCCUACUUUAACCAUCUCAAAAUAUAUCAAUAUCUUCAUGUGGCCACAGGCUAUGAUGAAUAUGAACAGGUUUUUAAGAAGGAAAAAAAAAGUAAAACUGCUGCUGUAAAGUCUAUUAACUUAAUAUUUAAUCAGAAUUAGGCCUAUUUUGCAGGUCAAAACUGGUGGAAUGGUCGGCUAUUAAACCUAGGCUAUACAAUUUAUUUUCAUUAAGAUGUAAUCCAGCAGAAGAAAGAGACUUUAAAACAGCUCAAAAUGAAAUAAGAACAUAAUAGGCUCAUAGAUUUAAAGUUAACUUCAUUCAGAGUUUAUUUGAAUGUGCAUUAACUUUAUCCCCAACAUAAAGCUGUAUUCAAACACAUAGGCUAAAUGUCCUCUCACCUUUCUCCAUUUUAGUUUAUUAAUCAACCCUAAUUAAAUUAAUAUCUCCCGACGUUAAUGUAGGCUCUAAUUCCCUACGGAGUAAUGUAGCCCCUUCAUACCAACUAAAAGACGCCAUGUUGGAUUAAAUAGCCUAGUUUGUUUUAUACUCUGUUGUAGGCUAUUGCCACCCUAACAUAUCAUAUUAAAACAACCUGGAUUUUUAUUCAGACAACCGGUGAAUUUUCACACGCGCAUGAUACGGACUGAAAGAGUGAAUGAGGAAACGAAACAGUGUUUCUGGCUCUGAAAGAGGGAGGAGACCUAGAGAAACUCGGGGUUCAUUGAAGAAAACCUGCUCCUGACCAGGUUAGGUUCACAGACUCAGUUACCAUAUAAACUGUUACCAUAGUUACCAGUUACCAGUUACCAUAGUAACUGAGUCAGAGGUAAAGUUACCUCUCCCUCUGGAACGGGCUGGAGUUACCCCUCUUUCUCGGGUUUGAGUGACCUUCUCCUCUGAAAUGGAAUACCCAGAGUUUCCCUCCUUUCAGUGGUAACUGACUCAGAGUUUGCACAAAACCUUCUUUCAGAAACGGGCCCCAGGUUUGACUCUCUGCCGUUCUCCUUAAAUGAAAUAAAACAGAAGUGAAAUGAAAGUCUUAGAAAUGUUGGCUUCAUGUUUGUAGAGUAUACAAGUCUUGUAAAUUCACAGGCAAAAGUGUGAUUUCCAUUUACUGUGUCGUGACAGUUUGACUCAUAUCUCAGACUGUCUGUGAGAUGUUUCCCACUGGAUGUACUCAAAAGUUCUCCUUUUCUGGUGCUUAAUAAAAGAUUGUUCUCAGUUGUUAA